AUGUCUGAAAAUCAAUCGGAAACCAUUCACACACCUCAAACAAGCAUUUUGAAAACUGGUUCAUGCAAUUGUGGUAAAUUAAUGUUCGAAGUUUCCGAAAAACCACUUUUCACUGUUCUAUGUCAUUGUAGAAUGUGUAGAAAAGGCACUGGAGCACCUGUUAGUUUAGUCGUUGCUGUACCACCGAAUGGAUUCAAAUGGAAAACAAAAACUGGAUUCACAACUGAUCAAUUAUUGAAAAUAGUUCCAUUCUCUGAAAAAUUUAAUGGAAUGUAUUGUGCAGAAUGUAAUGGAUUUGUGGCACAACAUUUGACAGGUGGACCAAUCGUGUCAACUAUGGGUUGUUGUUAUGAUGAAAUGAAGAAUGCAUUCUGUCCUGGUGAGGAAGUUGUUAAGAAGGAUGCAUUCUUUCAACCAAUAUGUCAUGUCAAUUAUGAAAAUCGAGUUAUAGACAUUCCAGAUAAAUUACCAAAAUUUAUGGACUUUUCUGCUCCGUAUGGAUCUGGAAGAAUGUUUACUGAGGAAGAAGAGAAAUGA